AUGGCAAUUCUUAACAACAGUAAUGCCAGCAGCUUCUUCUUCAUCUUGAUGGAUCUUCCUGGGUUGGAAAGUGCUCAUUGCUGGACAGCUAUUCCUAUGUGUUCUAUCUAUGUCCUUUCUGUGCUGGGCAACAUCACGAUCAUGUACAUUGUCAAGUCUGUUCCCAGUCUCCACACACCCAUGUAUCUCUUCCUCUCCAUGCUUUCAAUGGCUGACCUAGGACUCUCAGCUUCCACACUGCCUUCCAUGACAGCUGUCUUUCUCCUGGGCCAGAGAAAGGUAGGAGCUGCAACUUGCUUUGUACAACUCUUCUUCAUUCACACUUUCUCAGUCAUUGAGUCAGCUAUACUGUUGGCUAUGGCUUUUGACCGCUGUGUGGCUAUCCGUGAGCCUUUACGUUAUGCCACCAUUCUCACAACCAAGCGUAUUGGAGUUAUUGGACUGGCCAUUGUGACUCGUAGUGCUGUCCUCCAUUUGCCCCUGCCUGUACUCCUCAGUCGACUGCAAUUCCAGUCUGUGAGUGCUCUGGCUCAUUCCUAUUGUGUUCACCCCGAUGUUUUAAGACUGGCCAGAUCCAACACUCGUGUGAAUAGUGGCUUUGGGCUCUUUGUAAUGCUCUCCACUCUUGGGCUAGAUGCUGUUUUCAUUCUUCUGUCUUAUGUGUUAAUUUUGAAGACAGUUCUGAGUAUUGCUUCCAAUGCUGAACGACUUAAGGCAUUUAAUACCUGCAUUUCCCAUAUCUGUGCUGUACUACUGUUUUAUACGCCAUUAGUCAGCCUGUCCAUGAUUCAUCGUUUUGGGAAGAAGAAGCCACCAGCACAGAUAUAUAUGCUUCUGUCCUAUCUGCACUUUCUUGUGCCUCCAAUGCUCAACCCAAUUGUCUACAGUGUCAAAACCAAAGAGAUUCGAAUGCGAAUUCUGAAGCUGCUCCACCAAAAAAAACUCUGA